GGAGCGGAGCGGAGGAUGCAGCAGCCGCAGCCGCAGGGGCAGCAGCAGCAGCCGGGGCCGGGGCAGCAGCUGGGGGCGCUGGGGCAGGGGCUGGCGCUGGGGCAGGGGCAGGGGGCGGCGCCGGGGGCCGGGGGCGGCCCGGGAGGGGGCCCGGGCCCGGGGCCCUGCCUGAGGCGGGAGCUGAAGCUGCUCGAGUCCAUCUUCCACCGCGGCCACGAGCGCUUCCGCAUUGCCAGCGCCUGCCUGGACGAGCUGAGCUGCGAGUUCCUGCUGGCCGGGGCCGGGGCCGGGGCGGCGGGGGCGGCGCCCGGGCCGCACCUCCCCCCGCGGGGCCCCGCGCCCGGAGAGCCCGUCCGCAUCCACUGCAACAUCACGGAAUCUUAUCCUGCAGUGCCCCCAAUCUGGUCUGUGGAGUCUGAUGACCCUAACUUGGCUGCCGUUCUGGAAAGGCUUGUGGACAUAAAGAAAGGGAAUACUCUGCUGUUGCAGCAUCUGAAGAGGAUCAUCUCUGAUUUGUGCAAACUGUACAACCUCCCUCAGCAUCCAGAUGUUGAGAUGCUGGACCAGCCCCUGCCAGCAGAGCAGUGCACACAAGAAGAUGUUUCUUCUGAAGAUGAAGAUGAAGAGAUGCCCGAGGAUACAGAGGAUCUAGAUCACUAUGAAAUGAAAGAAGAAGAGCCAGCUGAAGGAAAGAAGUCUGAGGAUGAUGGCAUUGGGAAGGAGAACUUGGCCAUAUUAGAGAAAAUUAAAAAGAACCAGAGGCAAGAUUACUUAAAUGGCGCAGUGUCUGGCUCGGUGCAGGCCACUGACCGGCUGAUGAAGGAGCUCAGGGAUAUUUACCGAUCACAAAGUUUCAAAGGCGGAAACUAUGCAGUCGAACUAGUAAAUGAUAGCCUGUACGAUUGGAACGUCAAACUCCUCAAGGUUGACCAGGACAGCGCUUUGCACAACGAUCUCCAGAUCCUCAAAGAGAAAGAAGGAGCUGACUUCAUUCUCCUCAACUUUUCUUUUAAAGACAACUUUCCCUUUGACCCGCCAUUUGUCAGGGUUGUCUCUCCAGUCCUCUCAGGAGGAUAUGUUCUGGGUGGAGGUGCCAUCUGCAUGGAACUUCUCACCAAACAGGGCUGGAGCAGUGCCUACUCCAUAGAGUCCGUGAUCAUGCAGAUCAGUGCCACCCUGGUGAAAGGGAAAGCACGAGUACAGUUUGGAGCCAACAAAUCUCAAUACAGUCUGACAAGAGCACAGCAGUCCUACAAGUCCCUGGUGCAGAUCCAUGAAAAAAAUGGCUGGUACACACCCCCCAAAGAAGACGGCUAACCCCGGAGUUUCUCCCUCCUCCCUCCCCAGGCACCACUGGACCAAUUACCUUUGAAUGCUGUAUUUGGAUCUUACGCUGCCUCUGUGGUUCCCUCCCUCACUCACUCUUUUCCUGGACGUGAUAGCUCUGCCUAUUGCAGGACAAUGAUGGCUAUUCUAAACGCUAAGGAAAACAAAACAAAACAAAACACAGAACUGUUUCAGAUAUUCAAGACUGACUUACAAACCAACCAACCACCUUGCUGGAACCCUUGCUAGCAGGCAUUCUUAUAAAAGAAACUUUUGAGCCUUCUUAUAUUGCUGGAAACUCAGCUGUGCUCCAGACUAGAGCAGCCUCCUUACCUAUGCUAUGGAUUUUUAAUUUAUUUUCUCUUAUUUCAUGUACACUGCUUUUUUUGGUUACAGUGUAUGAUGGAUGUGUAUGGAAAAAAAAAUGUAUCUUUGGGAAAACAAUUACAGUUUGUUAAUUUGAA